AUGAGUGAUGUUACGGACUACCAGUUGGAUGAGAAGGAAUGGGACUACCUCCUACCGGUGGUGCAGUCCAACCUCAACCAAACUCCGGCAGUGUCGCAGGCCAACAAGUCCCCCAUGGAGCUCUUCACUGCAUUCCACCCAGAGACCCCUUUGGACGUCGUUGUGGUGGGCGUGAACAAGGUCGGUCCGUACCGUGUCAAGUCAGUGGGCCAGUUCUCCGUGAUAUUAGAACUUCUGGUGACACAUGAAGAACGCGAAGCUCACACGUCACGCGUGAAGAUGUAUGCGGAAGUGAGCUUUGAAGUCACAGAAGAAAUCCUCGAACAUGCCUCCGAGCAAGGCAUAAUCACGGGACACAAGUUUGCCCCGGAUGUGAAUGACUUCAUGUUGGUAGUGUUUGGGAAACUUUGA